CGGCUCCGGGAGGCGGGGACGCGGCGGCGGCGGCGGCGGCGCGGCGGCUUCUCCAGUCGCGUCUUUCUCACUCACUGGGGAACUCGGCGGUGGCGGCACCUUCCGAGGCUGAGCAGCCGAGCCGCGAGCCCGCCAGUGGGAGGCCGGACAGCCUGACGGCAGAGCCGACGGACAUUCGGACAGCAGGGCGGCCAGACGGCUCGAGGGGCCUCGAGUUCCGCCAUGAGCUGGGGCACGGAGCUGUGGGAUCAGUUCGACAGUUUAGACAAGCAUACACAGUGGGGAAUUGACUUCUUGGAAAGAUAUGCCAAAUUUGUUAAGGAGAGAAUAGAAAUUGAACAGAACUAUGCGAAACAAUUGAGAAAUCUGGUUAAGAAGUACUGUCCCAAACGUUCCUCCAAAGAUGAAGAGCCACGGUUUACUUCGUGUAUAGCCUUUUUUAACAUCCUUAAUGAGUUAAAUGACUAUGCAGGACAGCGAGAAGUAGUAGCAGAAGAAAUGGCGCACAGAGUUUAUGGUGAAUUAAUGAGAUAUGCUCAUGAUCUGAAAACUGAAAGAAAAAUGCAUCUUCAGGAGGGGCGGAAAGCUCAGCAGUACCUUGAUAUGUGCUGGAAACAGAUGGAUAACAGUAAAAAGAAAUUUGAAAGAGAAUGCAAGGAGGCAGAAAAGGCACAACAAAGUUACGAAAGAUUGGACAAUGAUACCAAUGCAACCAAGGCAGAUGUUGAAAAGGCUAAACAGCAGUUGAAUCUGCGUACACAUAUGGCUGAUGAAAAUAAGAAUGAAUAUGCUGCACAGUUACAGAACUUUAAUGGAGAGCAGCACAAACAUUUCUACGUAGUGAUUCCUCAGAUUUACAAGCAACUACAAGAAAUGGAUGAACGAAGGACUAUUAAACUCAGUGAGUGUUACAGAGGAUUUGCAGACUCAGAACGCAAAGUUAUUCCUAUCAUAUCAAAGUGUUUGGAAGGAAUGAUUCUUGCGGCAAAAUCAGUUGAUGAAAGAAGAGACUCUCAGAUGGUAGUGGACUCCUUCAAGUCUGGAUUUGAACCUCCAGGAGACUUUCCGUUUGAAGAUUACAGUCAGCACAUUUACAGAACCAUUUCUGAUGGGACUAUCAGUGCGUCCAAGCAGGAAAGUGGGAAGGUGGAUGCCAAAACCACAGUAGGAAAGGCCAAGGGCAAGUUGUGGCUCUUUGGAAAGAAGCCAAAGCCACAGUCCCCACCCUUAACCCCUACUAGUUUAUUCACAUCCAGUACUCCUAAUGGGUCCCAGUUUCUCACAUUCUCCAUUGAGCCCGUGCAUUAUUGUAUGAAUGAAAUAAAAACAGGGAAGCCCAGAAUUCCUUCUUUCAGAAGUCUCAAAAGAGGGUGGUCGGUGAAGAUGGGCCCAGCACUAGAAGAUUUCAGUCAUCUGCCACCAGAACAGAGACGUAAAAAACUACAGCAGCGCAUCGAUGAACUUAACAGAGAGCUACAAAAAGAAUCAGACCAAAAAGAAGCACUCAACAAAAUGAAAGAUGUGUAUGAGAAAAAUCCGCAAAUGGGGGAUCCAGGGAGUUUGCAGCCUAAAUUAGCAGAGACCAUGAAUAACAUUGACCGCCUGCGAAUGGAAAUCCACAAAAAUGAGGCUUGGCUCUCUGAAGUUGAAGGCAAAACGGGCGGAAGAGGAGACAGAAGACAUAGCAGUGACAUAAAUCACCUUGUAACGCAGGGACGAGAAAGUCCCGAGGGAAGUUACACUGACGAUGCAAACCAAGAAGUCCGUGGGCCCCCCCAGCAGCACGGCCACCACAGUGAGUUUGAUGACGAAUUUGAAGAUGACGACCCCUUGCCUGCUAUUGGACACUGCAAAGCUAUCUACCCUUUCGACGGACAUAAUGAAGGUACUCUGGCAAUGAAAGAAGGCGAAGUUCUGUACAUUAUUGAGGAGGACAAAGGUGAUGGAUGGACAAGAGCCCGGAGACAGAACGGCGAAGAGGGCUACGUGCCCACGUCAUACAUAGACGUAACUCUAGAGAGAAACAGUAAAGGUGCAGUAACUUACAUCUAAACUAACCAGGCAGCCUGUAGCAUGUAUGGCGUAGGAACGAGAACAUAACGUGAAAACACAUUCAGUGGGUGGGAAAACGUGAGACACCUUAAAGAGCAUCCAAGAUUUGUUGUCGACUCUGAGCUGAGUGUAGGCUCGAUCUUAGAGAUGUGAACAUUACCGCAAGAAGCUGUUCUCGUGAUGCUUUACCGUUUGAGUGAUGUUGCUGUGAAGCUUUUAAUUGAUGCCUUUUGCUUUAUGUCCUGCUUAAGUCUGUGUGAAGGGUUUGUGUUUUUCUGCCUUAUAGGUCAGAUUAUUUGAUCUAUUGGGCAGGAAUCCAUAGACAGAAAGCUCCCCACCCCACACUCUGCUUCAGGAAACACUGUGAUGUAGUGAAUUCAGAUUAAGUAAAACUGCUCUGAAAUGCCUGCACGAAAAAGCAGCUGCGCAGAAGAGUGAUGUGGUCCAAGGAGUUUGAAUUUGCAGCUGUAGGUUCUAGGCAAAAAAAAGUAAUAAUGGUUGGCUAAUCAGAUCAAAAUAGAAUCAUUUUCAUCUUAGGAAGAAAACAGGCACCUAGCACAUAGUCUGUUCUAGAAGAAGUAGCAGGCUCAUCAAGAGACAUGCAAAAUAAACCAGCCUGGUCUAGCUCUGAAGUGAAUAAAAUGACUCUUUUUUUAAAGAUCUGAGAAUAUUUUCAGGUUUUCUAGUAAUUUUCAGUAAUAUAUACAAGCUUUCUUCCAAGUUAAUGCUUGUGUUUUUCCUUGAGAAAUACCGCUUUAGUGACACUAGCCUCUGGCAAUUAGAUGUAGAAAAGUGGAUUCUAAAUAAAGAUAGAGGAAAUCUUUCAUGGAGGGGAAGUACUGGCACAUUUUACUUUGAAAGGAAAAUGACUUUUUUUGACAACUGGGUUGGAGGAAUGUAUCUGUACCAUCACUGAGGGAGGGCCUUUGCUCGUCUUAGCUGAAUCACCGGUCAUUAGCAUAGUUUUUGUUCCCAGUUAAUUUUAAUAUGCAUUUGUUGGAAACCCCGAGCCAUCCAGAAUUGUGCAGGCUAGUUGUGCAAAGGGAGGACGCCGUUAGAGACGGGUCCUUAAUUUUGCUCAUGUUCCAACAUUUUCCGGUGCUUUUAAUAGCUGGCUAUGAAAUGAUUUUAGAGACAUGUGCGCUGGACGCCUCUUUUGGCCUUGCCAAAGGUCUUCAGUAAUUGUUCUUUUCUUUUUCCUCCUGGACUGCAGGUUCCUGAAGAGGGUUUCUGAGGAAGUGGGCCAGAUGUGGAAGGAGGUUACAUGCAGCUGCUUUGGGGGAGGGAGGAGAGGUGUCAGGCGUGGAGAGAGAGAGAAGCAAGUUGCAUGAGUGCAUGCAGACAUGAUUAUUUUUUACUAACUUCAUUAGCAUUUCCAUACGUUGUUAAAAACAAUCAUUAUAAUGCCAACCCUUAAAUUCGUCAUUUACGGUUGCUCACGUAAAAGGAAAAAAGCCGCCUUUUUUCCCCGUUUAUUUUACUGAUGUCCACAUCAGAAAGAAUGCAGAGCUGUCGUUCAGUCUGUCUUAACAGCUGGCUGUCCCAACAGGACGGCCUCCGUCCCAGCUCUCUCUCGAUUGGCUUCUCAACCCAUUGUCUGUUAGAGUCCUUGCCAUUUGUCAGCGUCUGCCUCGCCACCUCUGUGCUUGCUAACGUCCCCCUGCAUGUCUAGAGGGAUGGAGUUUAGAUUUUCAGGCAUGCCUUUAAGACCCCUUGUUCUCGUCGAAGCUUUUGUUUUGUUUUACACUUGUAGUGCACAUCACUCUGUCAGACACCUCCAGCACGAGUGUUCCCAUCGUAGUGUUUGUGUGCGCUGCUGUAACUUCCCCACUGCAGAACAUUCCAGUUUGGGCAUUGCGAAGACGUAGUUGUGAACCCCAAGUGUUUAUGACCGGAAAAAGAACCAUCUCUGCUCUAGCCUACAGCCCAGUUGAAGGAACUCUUUGAAACGCGAUACACCUUUAGCACCGCAGUCGGGGAAGAGUCUGUGUCAGCACUGAAAGGACCCUCACCACCUCAAGACCGAGGACUGGCCUCAGAAGUCAGCCGCUUCCAUUCAGACGCUGCCUUAAACUAGAGUGCCUGCAUCUUUGAUGGCCAACACUACCGCUCAGUAUCCCACAAAGGGCUUCGUGUGUCAGCUCAGUGCGACCUCCUUGAACUUGGCAGAGCUGCCGCGGCUGCCGACCCAACCUCGGUAGGUGGCUCUUAGAGCUCUACCGUGUUGAUGGUGCAUCUUCAAGUUUCUGCAUCAAACUAAAGAUGUGUCCAAGUCCAUUUUACUCAGUGUUUUCAUGAGUUUUGUGGUCCUCUCCCCCCACUGUUUUUUAAUUUGGGGUUACCCUGUUCUCAUUUAACUAUUAUAGUGAUAGUCUGCUUCCAAGUGAUGAUUUUGUUUGAACCAGAUAAAAUUUAGUGAAACUUUGUAAUGAUCUAUGUGCACUUUUACUUGUAAAAUGGGAAUUUCUGUAUGUUUAUACUUGUAAAUAUAAUCGUCCUUAGUGCUCCUAUUGCUCCUGUUGUCCCGGCUCGCAUUUGUGCUUCUGUUCAUGACUUGUAUCCUAACUGGUUUCUUAGUGGUGGUUAAGGAGGAGGGGUUGGGGGCGGGGGGAUAUUUGUAACAUGGAAGCUUCGUUAAUUUGGUUCUUUACUGUUCUGAAGGAAGAAAGAGAACGUGAAAUGGUCUGUGUAUUGUUGGAUUUUAAGCAAUAUUUUAGAAGCUGUGUGACUGCUUUAAUAAUGUUCCCCAGUGUUGUUUGAAUCGUACUGCCAGUUAUACUAAAGACGAAUGACGUUGCGUGGAAGGUGACGCCUUCGUAAGAUCAAGUUCGCCCCGUUACACAGCCGACAUAGAGUGUAUGACCUUUAAGGCUAGUAAGCUAGGACGUUUUAGAUUUUAAUUCUCGUUACAGGGUUAUUUAUAUAAUGUGACAUUAUUCAAUACUGACAGACUACGUACGGUAGUUUUAAAAUCCAGUGCUGUUUUUAUUUUAAAGGUUAGCAGUGAAGAGGAAAUGUGACCUGACCGUGCAGGCCUCUGUACAAAGCGUGCAGGGCUUGUGGGUCUGUGGCUGGCAGCCACAGAGGGCAAAGUUUAAGGCUUUCUUGUGAGGACUGACUGUUCUUCUCAAGCUACUGUUUGUUUUCCUUGAAGCAGGAUUUGCUUCCGUAGGAGGCAGUUCCUUCAUGUGGGAUAGUGCAACCUGUUUAUCACGUAGGAAAGACAUUUGUACUUGCACAGUUUAAAUCAUUCUUAAAUUUGGAACAUGUGAAUUGUCCAGAAGAAAUCUUUAGUUUUUCAGUAAUUUUUACUCUUUGUGCCCACAUUGAUUUCCUAAUGUAAAUGCUCUGUUUGAGAUGGUGUUCUCUGUUGAGAAUAUUUUCAUGGAAUAAAACAAUCUUUUCAUGGUCGGGUAA